AUGGUAGCCCAAGGAUUGUUAUCCUCUAAGGAUUUUCUUGAUUCCAAAAUGGAGACUACGCAGUCUCUGCAUGCCCAAAAUGAUCAACCUUCAUCCUAUCGAUUACAUUUGAGGAAUGAAGGUGGCAGACAACCAACAAUGCCUGCUGUCCCUACCCUAGUACUUGAAAACCUCUCAUCUUUUCUACAAAACUGCUGCGAAAAUGCUCAAUCAUCCCAGCAAAAUCAGCAAAACCCCAAUCAAUUCCAUUAUGCACACCAACAACCACAACAAAAUUCCAUCACCUCAAAGUCCCAAAUUGAAUGGGUAUACUCGCAGCACAACGCGAAUGCUGGUCGAGCGCCAGAAUUGUUACGGAUGAAGGCGAGGGAAUUGAUUCAACAAGAAAAGUGUGAUGCAAAUUUCGCAUAUUGUGUUGAUCAGCCUUCCCAACUUGUUCGUAUUGAAUGCCAUAAAACCGGUUGCAAAUGUGUACUUAAACAGGAACCUGCUUUAGCUUUGAAAAUUGUCUGUGGAGUUAGUUUGGUCCGGGGAUGUUGGACAAAUCUUCAAACUUCCAAUUCGCAUUCCGCUAAAUGGAAUUCCAUUUCCUCUGCUUUUGAACGCCUUCAACCUAAUCGGCCUUCCCAAUGUCAAUCCUCCUAUGACCAAUCCUCUUCUUCAUCUCCCUCUCAUGACCAAAUCCCGCUCAUUUUUACCUCAUGUUCUCCAUUCUGGUUCGAAAUUUUGAAGCAGCGAAAUGACACCUUUCAGAGAUCGGAUAUUCUUUCAUGGAAUUCUGGUAAAGCCCUCUGGAAAGCCCGACCCUCCAUGUUCCUCCUUCGAAAACAGACAAAAUGCAUCCUAUCUGUUUCUAUGAAUGGUUCCCGAGGUCCUGUGACACUUGAUCUCGAUAAUGUUGUCCACUUACAUCCCGGAACCGUUCUCCGAUUAUUGGAUUGUAAAAACUGUCGAUUGGUGUCGAAAUCUAGCUCUCAAUUCCCAUCUACUGCAUCCCUGCUUCAAUGUGAAGUUGUUGGAAGUAAAUCUCUUGCAAAAUAUGCCUCUCUUGCUAACAAUCUUACCCCUGAUGACGCCCUCUAUUGGUUUGCUAGCGGUUCUCGUCUUGUUUAUCUCCCUCUUGACGAUAAAAGCGUCUCCUUUUAUCCCAUUGCUACUCCCCCACCAAAUUCUCGGGAUAAUAAAAACACCGGUUGGGCAUAUUCAGGCGCUCAUUCCGUUCUAACUCUCUUGUCAUACUUCCCUUUACCUUUAACUGUCCGGCCAGUAAUGGACCAUAGUCUAGCAAAUUGGCUAACUUCCACUUCUUCAGUGAAGGAUGGCAAUGCAGGUCUACAUCUGACAUCCUGCUACCAUGGGGAUCUUGUCUUUCUUGAACCGAUUGCAGACUGUGGCCCCAAUAAUAACAAUAAUGGUUCGACUGGCAAUUCGCGUUUCUUUGUGGUCACCGCGGAGAUGCUAUCCCAACAUCGGUUCGUUCUUGCUACCUCUCAGUCCUCCCAGUACUAUGCGAGAGAGCUGAAAACUCAUGCUUCAAGAGUUGCUCAUUUUCUGGCUGCUUUCCAUCCCGCUUGUGGCUUGAAUUAUCUCUUGAAGUAUCUUGAGGAUGUUACUCAUUGUUCAUCAGUUGGACCUUCUCAUAAACUUCUAACAGAAACUCUGGGUCCAUUAGGGGGAGAGAGCACGACUGCAUCUCACACCGCUGUUGCAAGCAUUGCAGCUUCAAACCUUCUUCACUUAGAAGCUGAUGAAAGGAGUAAAUCCCCUGAUUUGCAUGCUCUCUAUGAUGACUUGGAUGAUAUCUACCAGUAUGUUCGAACUGGCCGUCUUCCAUCUAAGCAAAGAGGGCUCACUCCGUCCUCUGGAAUGCUUAGAAGCUGUUCUGCAACUCCUGGACCUGUUCAACGAACGAGAAGUCGUCAGGAAUAUACUAUUCCUUAUGUCUACUUCCCUGAUACGAGCUUUACUUCGAAUAAUGUUACAUCGAACAGCAAUAAUACGACCUCCCAUUCCAUUCAACCUCCGCCAACGCCACGUAGGCAUAUGGUGGCUACUCCGACUCACGCGUAUGCCUUUAUGAAGAAUUCUGGAAAUUAUGUCCUAAAGUCGGAUAUCCCCUCACCUCUUCCUUUUGCGUCUCCUAGUCGCAGACAAGCAUACGCAGAUUAUACUCGAUUUCGAUCAGUUGAACAGCAGCAAACUAAUCAAUCACAACCGCAGCAACAGACAUUCUGUAGUCAACCGCCACCCUCCUAUUCAAUUCUCAACUUUGCAGCAAUGAACGAGCGGAUCAACAGCUCUCCGGACACUGGACUAGGUGGUGAUAGCGGUCAGAGUGGGCAGAGUCUACUCGUUCCCACAGCAACCACAUCGAUUGUUCGCUCCUCAUGCCAUCAGCUCAUCAAUUUCUGUGAGAAUGGCGUUACUUCUAGCGGAGGUGGCGAGAAUGAAACGAAGUCCCCGCAGCUCAUUUAUCCCAAUCUUCGUAAGCUCAUGGUGAACCUAAACAAACGUGUCCUAUAA